UUCUCCCGCACGCUCUUCCCGUGCGGUGUCAUUCCUGAACACGCAGUCAGGUGUCGCGUGUCUUUUGCGUUACCGGCGACGUCCAUGAUUUUCCCACGUCCACGUAGCGUUGGUUUUUUAUCUCCCAUUUUAUCACCGGGAGAGCUGAGCUGCUGGAUGAAAUGUUUUGAGAGAAAACUGACGUCGUGUAGGCGUGGUGGGUGCCAGCGUGCAGAGAGAAGCCCACCGCAGAACCGUUAAUCCAGUCCGGACACCACGUUUUAGUGGAAUUUAGCCUACAUUUGGCCAAACUUUACCAUCUGCUGCUAUUUAUAAAGGGAUUCAUUCAUAGCAGACUAUUUGAGAGGAUAAGUUUGUAACUCGCCUGCUCGAUGGAAAAAAGAGAACGCCCAGCACAGCAUCUCAAAUCGAGGUGAGAGUGCGCUUUAUAAACCGACGCCGAGGCACCGCUGCCAUAGUGAAUGAGAACCAGCAACGUUUAACCAGACCGACAAGAAUACCUCUCACUUGAUGACUGACACCAUUUAAGACAGACGGGGAUCUUCAGCCAGUGAUGUAGACAAGGAUGAUGAAGUUACAUAGGGAAGGCUGUGUGGGGAGGAAGAGCAUCGCCUGAUUCUCCUCCACUUCCUCAUCCCCUCUGAGUCGUGUCCUCUGAUUGGGUGGGCGGAGCACAAUGUCAUCGACCACACCCACCUCAGCCCCGCCUUCCAAGAAGACGCGUGGGAAGGAGAGGACGGAGGUCAUGGGCGACUUGCCGCAGACAGCCAAUGAGGAGCUGAGGAGCAAGCUGAUGGAUUUCCAGAUAGAACUGCAGCAGGAGAAGGGCAAGGUCUCUAAGCUGAGAGAGCGUCUCCAGGAGCAGAGGCAAGCCAGGGAGCUGGAACAACACAAACACACAGUGGUCCUCACCGACCUCCGCGCCAAACUGCACGAGGAGAAGCUCCGCGAGCUGGCUUCCGCUCGUGAGUCAUUGGCACGGCAACACGAGUUGGAGCUAUCACGUACCAUUAAGAUCCGCGACGGGGAGGUGCAGCGGCUCCAGGGGCUGGUCCAUGCGCUAAGGGACGGGGCGGCUGACAAGCUGAAGAGCGCCCUGCUAGGAGAGGCCCGGGAGGAGGCCAGGAGGGCCUUCGAUGGGGAGAGACUCAAACUGCAGCAGGAGGUCAUGAAGCAGGAGACGGCACGGAAGCAGGUUGAGGAGGCUCUGGCUAACGCACUGCAGGCAGACAAGGCCAAAGCAGCCGACCUCCGAACAGCCUACCAGCAGCACCAGGAUGAGAUCAACCGCAUCAAGAGAGACUGCGAGAGAGACAUCCGAAGGGUGAUGGAUGAGCUGAAGGGGAAGGACCGUGUGGUGUCUGCGUUGGAGAGGGAGCUGGGGUUGCAGGCAGGUUAUGCUCAGAAGCUCCAGCUGCAGAAGGAGGCUCUGGACGAGCAGCUGGGCCAAGUCAGGGAGGCAGAGAGGCACCACGGCAGUCCCAAGAGAGAGGUAGUCCCUACCCUGGGGGAAACCCAGGACUAUAUCAACAACCAGGAGGUGGAAGAUCUUCGGGAUGCGAGGAGGUUCCAGCUGAAGAUAGCUGAGCUCCACUCUGUUACCAGGAAGUUGGAGGACAGGAACGCACUGCUGGCAGAUGAGAGGAAUGAACUGUUGAAGAGGGUGCGUGAGGCAGAGAGUCAGAUGAAGCCCCUGUUAGAUAAGUAUAAGAGGAUGUCGAAGAAGAAUGAUGACCUCCUGCAGACUCUGCAGCGCAUGGAGGAGAAACUCAAGAACCUCAGCAGAGAGAACGCAGAGAUGAAGGAGAAGGCGCACUCUCGUUCCCAGCAGCCCCAGCAGCUGAAGAGGCCUACCUCCCUGACAGACCUAAGCCACGCCCACGAGGAACAGGAAGUGGAGUUCCUCAAGCUGCAGGUUGCCGAGCAACGAGGCAUCAUCGACGAACUCACGCAGGAACGUGACAGACUGAUGCUCUGCAAAAAUAACCGAAGAAAAACCCUCAAACUACCACCUAAAAGGCAUGUUGUGGAGACGUAUUUUGGAUUUGACGAGGAGUCUGUGGACUCUGAAACGUCCUCUCUGACCUCUUACAUCACUGACCUCACGGACCGUACCCCCGCUACACCCGAGGAGGACCUGGAAGACCUGAUUUUAAAGGGGGUGUGGCUGAUUUCAAAACUCGGGAAGGAUACACUUGUGCUUCCUCACGAAAAGGAGGCUAUUGAGGAGGGUGUAUCUCGUGAAGAGGCAGAACUGAGGUUCAGACAGCUGACCAGAGAGUACCAGGCUCUCCAGCGGGCCUACGCCCUCCUGCAGGAACAGGCUGGGGGGUCGCACGACGCUGAAAGAGAAGCCAGGAACCGUGAGCAGUUGCAGGCGGAUCUAAUAGGCUGCAAGGCAAAGAUUGGCGACCUGGAGAAGGCGUUAGCCGAGAGGGGGCAGGACUCUAAGUGGGUGGAGGAGAAGCAGUACCUCAUCAGGGCCAAUCAGGAACUCCACGACAAGAUGUGUGUGUUACAGCAGGCUGAGUCGAAGCUGCAGGCAGAGGUGCAGGACUCGAGGGACCAGAAUGAGCUGCUGGAAUUCAGAGUGCUAGAGCUGGAAGAGAGGGAACGCAGGUCUCCUGCCAUGGGCUUCCACAUGACCACCUUCCCAGAGAACACCAACAGCGCUCUGCAGAUAUACUGUCAUCAGGAGGGCAUCAAGGAUGUGGUUAUUCCAGAUCUGAUGAAGAAGCUGGAUAUCCUGGGAGAUAAUGGGAACUUGCGUAACGAGGAGCAGGUUGUCGUCAUUCAGGCGAGGACGGUUCUCUCAAUGUGUGAGAAGUGGUUAAAGCAGAUAGACAGCACAGAGGCAGCCCUGACGCAGAAGAUGAUUGACCUGGAGAAUGAGAAGGACCUGUUCAGUAAGCAGAAGGGCUUCCUGGAGGAGGAGCUGGACUACAGGAAGCAGGCCCUGGAUCAGGCCUACAUGAGGAUCGCGGAGCUGGAGGCUACGCUGUAUAACGCUCUGCAGCAGGAGCCCGGGGGGCGUGCGGUGGCAGAGUCUCUGUCCGACAGGCAGAGGGAGGAGCUGGGGCUAGCCGUGGACAAACUGCGGAGGCAGAUACUCAGGCAGAGCCGCCAGUAUGACAGUCAGAUCUUACAGGAGCGCAUGGAGCUCCUACAGCAGGCCCAGCAGAGAAUAAGGCAGUUGGAAGACAUGAUUGAGAUGCAAAAGAGACAAGUAAAGGAAAUAGAAGAAAAGUUUUUGUUCCUCUUUUUGUUUUUCUCUCUAGCUUUUAUUCUUUGGCCUUAAUGACACUGACAUGGACCGACAACAGGUGCUAAGGCGCUCAGGUGGAGAGUGAGGAAGAGAGACACAACAUAUUGUUAUCAUUUUUUUUCAUGCAUUUAUAGACGGUUCACAAACCUUAUAUGGCCUUUUUGAUACACGUGCACUUUUGUGGAAGACACUUACCUGGAAUGCAAAACAAAACCAUGACGUUGAAAAGUGAACAAAUAUCAGAGACGGGUAAAAGAGGUAUAUCAGAGAUAUUUUUGUUUUUAUAACGGAAAUGUCCCCUACCAUUUUUGGAAGUGGAGCAUUUAGCCAAACUCUCACGUGAGUUCUAAAAAGAACGUUGUAACUGGAACUCUGAAGCAGGUCAAUAAAGGAACAGAGGAACUGAGAUGGAGACAGUGCCUCAGAUGGAUUUAGAGCCAGACAACGAAAGAGUGCAAUCGUAGAGGAGGAAGGAGAAAGAGUUGAUUCAAAAAAAGCAGGACGAUUUCCAAACAGACGAGCCAAGUCCUGAGCAUUCCCAGAAAGCUCAGUGCAGGAGGGUCUCCAUGGAAACAGCUGUCAAAACGGCUGUCAUGGCCAAAGUUCAAUGAGCAAGAAGUGAAAGCCCUGUACUCCGGAGUAGAGCGACACCAGAGGACUACGGGGACAGAAUGUGUCACCGGUCUAUGAAACACAAAGAAUCCUCAAUAGCUGUGUUGUGCAGUUCUGUGCAGCUGGCACCCCAGACCUCCAGGUUUUGACCCAUAGAGUGAACCUUCUAGAGCACAGCCUGAGAGACGACAUCAGCUCCUUUACUGAGUCUGAGAGCUUGCUGCACAGCAGAGCCUGCUACAGAAGGUGAAGGACCUCACAGCACACUCAGUCCUCCACUGUCCCAGCAUGCAGCGACGCCAGAGGCUGGACGAGCGGCUCCACGCGCUCAGGGAGGAGGUGCGCUUCAUGGUGAGUAGAGACUGUACUGAGCUUUACAUUAGCUUCAAUGAGGCUUAUAGAGUGAGAAGUACUCAAAUGUACAUGUCCUGUAAGCUGUACUGUAAAUUGUAGCCUGUAAUUAUUGUGUGGUUUAAAUCUAGCAUUUCUCAGGUGUAGUGCUAUUGUGACUGUAGUCUCCCUCUCUAUUGCAUUAUAUGAGAUGUGUAUGACAUUACUCAGAUGUGAGGAGUAACUGUGUCAUAGUUCUAUCAUGACCGGUCCUUCCCAGUACCAGGAGAAGGAGCAUAGGAAUCGUGUGUGUGGAGGGAGAGGCUACAGUGCUGCCAGGCCCAGCUCCGGGCUAAAGAGGAGGAGAUGGGUUGCCAGUCUCAGUACUUUGAGCACUUUAAGAGCCAGCUGCAGCUCAAGUUCGGCCUGGCCAGAGAAGAGGAGCAGGGCCUGCAGACCAGAGUCCACCAUCUGGAGAGACAUGUUCUGGAGAUGUCUGUAUCUUCAUCCACCAACAUAGCCACUGUCAACGCAGCUAGUGUCAACUACCCUGUCAUGGUGCCAACGGUACACAGAAUCCCAAAGACUGGCCCACCCAAGGGAGGAAAGAGAGGAAGAGGAUGGGGAGGGUGAGGAGGAAAAUACACAGUGGAGACGCUACGGACAGCACCUCCAGCAGGCGCAGGGAGAGGAUGAAACAGAAAUAGAGGAAGAAAGAGAGGGGGAGAGAGAGAGCGUGAGGGAGAGGGGGGUGAGGACAGACGGAGAGGCUUCAUCCUCAGUCUCCAGGAGGACCUCAGGGGGCUGUUGGAGAAGGAGGAGCAGGGGCUGGAGGAGCGGAGGGGGCUGUUGGAACAGCUGCAGGAUGCGCAGCAGAAUGGCCACUUCCUGUCGUGUAAGGUGGAGGAAAUGAGGACGGUGGUCCACAGGCUCAAGCUGAAUGAGAGCUCCAUGACGGAGGAGGUGGAGGAACUGCAAGAGGAGAACCAGAGACUGUAAGAGGCUCAGCCACACCCUGAGACAGAUCAACCACAGCCCGGGCUCUACUGACCCCCGUCCCUACCCCCAGCCCUAGCUCUGGUGCCAGCCCAGGGACUCCAGCCCCAGCCUGGCACCGCCCUGCCAAACACCCCUGCCCUGGCUCAACCAGUCCCCUGCCACGUGGACAACACUGACCCGGUGAGUGAUGACAUUGAAGCUAAUGUGAAGUUGACUCUUAAUCAGUACUAGAUCUUAAGUCCAAAUUGUUGAAGAGUUCGGCCUCAAGAAUGUAAAUGAGUACAAUUACAAGCAAAUUGUACAAUGGAUUAUAAUGUGGGAUUGUCAUGGGUUAAGCUGCACAGUGGAAUGUUGAUCUGAUUAACUACAGAGGAAAUGAAGAGUGUGGCUGGCUUGUGUGUUUGAGACUGGGAGCCUGGGGGACUGGUGUCUUGGUCCUGGGGGCUUCCCCUCUCUCAACCUGAGAGAGGAGACUGAAGCACUGAGAGAGGCUUACUGGAGCAUGGGGUCGACGUGGACUCACUCCGGGACCACAAGGACCAGCUGGAGAGCACGCUCUGACACACACAGGACCAGCUGCACAGGGUGACCGAGGAGAACGCCUGACUGAAAUGUAAACUCAGGGAGCAGGGAGAAACGGGGGGCCUGUGAGGUGGAGCGGGGGUGCUAGCUAGGGGGGAAAGCAUGACAGGAAAUGCCCAGGAAAACAGGGUGCCAAUUCAUAACCUAAUUCCCCAGGUUAGCAGAAAGCUUACCACAACUCCAACCCAGAAUAAUACUACCCUAGUCUUAGCCGAUAAUGACCUAACCCUGUAUGCCUUAGCCCUGGAUGACCUAGCUCUAGCUUUGAACCAGGAGAACCAAGGCACAGGGCAGGCGUAUCAAGGAGCUCCUGCCCCACAUAGAGAGCCGGGAUAGUAAGGAUAGUGAGAGGGAGGAAGCUAGAGAGGGAGAGCUGGAGCAGGAGAACCAGGAGCAGGGAGGUCUUAUAACCGAGCUAACCAGGAAGACCGAGGAUGACCUGAACACUAUCAUGGAGCUGCAGCAGAGACUGACUGAGAGCGGUCAGCUUGGUCUACAACAGGGUGACCAUGGUUUGACCACUGAGUCAGAGUGUGGUCAAAAGGGUGAGCAUGCGGUCGGGUCAGUGUUCGCCCAACAGGGUCAACCCCCGGUAGGGUUCGUGACCAGUCUACAAGGUGAUCACACGCCGGGGUCGGUGAAUAGUGGUGAACUACAGGUUGACCACACGACCGAGUCAGUUAGGGAUCAAAAGGACAGCCAUUUGACCACAGAGUUAGUGUCCAUGCUGAGAGAGGAGAGGGGCGAGCUAAUUGGGUCUCAGUGAUCUCAAAGGGGAAAGGGAACAGGUUUCCCCUCUCACUCAGGUGUCAGACAGGGAAACACUGGCUAACACGCUCCGUGUGGGUUCUGGAAGAAGAACGCGACCGGGUCAAUCAGGAACUCUGCGGUUUAAAAGAAGAGCAAGUACAGUUUACAAGGUCUGAAAGAUAAGAGACAAGGUGGUAUGGUCAAUGUGUGGUUUAAAAGAGGAGAGAGACCAGCUAGUUCAGUCAAGGUCUGGACUCCAGGAGGAGAGAGACCAGCUAGUUCAGUCAAUGUCUGGUUUCUACAAGGAGAGAGACCUUCUAGUUCAGUCCAAUGUCUCUUCAGUCAAGAAGAUGAGAGACCAACCUAACGAGUCACUCCACAAUCUAGAAGAGGAGCGAGACCAGUUGAUGCAAUCAAUGUGUGGUUUAAAGGGACAGAGAGACUAGCUAACACAGACACUCAGCCUUCUAGAGCAGGAGAGAGACAAACUGCCUUCAAACAGAAGACAGAGACCCGGUCAACCAGUUUAAAGAAGAGCGAGAGCAGUUGGUUCAGUCAAUGGCUGUUCUGUGCGAACAGAGAGAGCAUCUCACAGCGGAGAGAGAGACCAGUUGCAGAUGGACGUCGCUCCUUUACGGAAUCAGCUACUGUCACAGUGGCGGAGUCACAACCAGCGGGUACUCUGAGAGCCACGUUGGCAUGGCAACACACAUAGAGGGUGUGGCUACAGAGAGCGGGGUCGCUGCCCCAAAAUACGGAUGAUGAUGUCGUUCAGAGAAGUCUGGCCACGGUCUACUCCUACAAGACCAUCCGUCUGGGGCAGUCUGCACAGGGAACACUUGGAAGAGGUGACGGGUGGAGCAGAGUGAACUGAUGGAGGAGAUCAAGUCGUUGGGGGAAGAACACAGAAGGUCACGAGACGAACUGGAGAAGAACCAAUCGGAGGAUCUCCCUUCCAAAACCAGACACCAGGUUUACUCCAGUCCCCCACCAGGUCAGGGAAACUAUCCAGGUUACCCCAAACCUUGCUGCCCUCAACCGACCCAAGCAUACCCCCAUAACAGCUACCCCUUCUACUACUACCACUGCCCCCGCUCGGACUGUUAAAGCACGAAGUACCACUACCUCGUUGAAAACUGCCCCUCCAACAAUUACCCUUAAAACUACAGCCCUCACUAAAGCUGCCCCCUCCACCUCUGCUCUGCCCCCCACUGAGAGGACAUGACUGCCUGAUGAGGACCAUUGUGUCAAGAAGCUCCUCUCCAACUGCCAACCUGAACAAGCUAAAGCAACCAAACCCAGAGCUAAGCCAGAACCUCCAGCUGAGGUGGGCUCUGUUGAGGUCAUCAGGAUGGUGGGACAGAGAAGCCUCAUGAUUUGCUGGAUGAGCUGGGCUGCAGCAACGAAACCUUUAUGUAUGGAUACUGCCUCUCACCUGGGAUACAGUAGAAUUGGCUCCACCCAACCAAUUUUCAGCCGCACUGUCCAGUUGAAACCUUUCUCACCAGAUUCAGAAGCUCAGACGGUAAUGCUACAGUCCUCUGGUGGACAGCCCUAACCUCCACCCUAGGAGAGCUGGCCCUGAGAGAGGGAGAUACUGUCACAUUGCUAGGCAACACCCGCAACGACGGCUUCUGUGAGGCCGAGGUGAAUGGCAGACUAGGUCUGGCUCCUGUUGCCUUCCUAGAGGAAGUUCUUCAUCCAGACAGACAUGUAAGCCCCGAAGGAACAGAUGAUAGGCCACUGUGACUGCCAAUCAGAGAGAGGGCAAGAUGAUAGGCCACUGUGACUGCCAAUCAGAGAGAGGACAAGAUGAUGAGCCACUGUGACUGCCAAUCAAAUGAUGCUUCCCUACAGAGAGAUUAUAGUGGCCAACAUUAAUGACGUCAUCAAACGCUGCCUGCCCGUGACAAAAACAUUCAUAAGUGCUCACAGCCUAAAGUCAUUUGAAAUGGAAAGCUACACUAAAGCACUAGCCGAAAUGUGGGUGUGUUUGUUGUGUAUGGCAUUGUGCUUCUCUAAACAGAUGCUUUUAACCUACAUCCUGCUCAUUGAGAUCGUGUCAAUUCACCUCUGUUCUUCAAAAUCCCCCGCUUUUCUGUGUCUAAUCUCUCGUGGACAGACGCACUUAACUGGUAUCCUAGUGUCUGUCAGCAGACUGUGGGAUGCGACGACUAACGAGGAACUUUGUUUCCGGUGCACAGAUUUUUCGUCGCUGAUUAUUUUGGACAAAUCACGAUUUUGCCGCCUUCCAUUUUCGGAAGAGGAGGGGACAUUUGGACCAUGGACUUGCCUGUAAAUUGCAACUGGAGAGGAGUUAACGGCCUGCGGCCCCUCCACGUUCUAGGGUUUUUCUAACACAUCUGCCCGCAGAACGUAAUCAAGCAUCUUUUUACGUGAUGAUAAAGCGAAGUCGUUUUCACAAGGCCAUUUUACUUGAUCUUUAGGCAUCGAGCCAAAUAUGAAAACAAAGCUCCAUCCCAAAGACUUUGAUAUUUCUGUUCGUCGUCGUGACGUUUACAGAAAAAUGUUUUUUUUUGUUGUUGAUCCAAGUCAAAUCAUGAAGUCAAUUGUCUGAGCUGUUCUUCCACUGUAGAAUCGACUCAAUCUAUGAAGUCAUGCCAUUCAGAUGGAUGGACGUUUGUGACUGAUACAUUUUGUAGAGAUGAUUAAAUAACCUGAGGUAUGCA